UCAGUUCAAGAAUGUUUGGAUAUUCUUUGAAUAUAUAAAAUAUAACCAUAGUUAUAUUUUUGAUUAUGAUCAGUGCCGAGAAAAAUUGUCUGUAAAUAAAAAAAACCUCGAGUGUUUGAAAGAAAAUGCUCAAGGAAUUUUAGGAGAGUGAAGAAUACUGGCGGGGAAGCAUCCAAGAAAAUCCACAUCAGUUCCACCUUAAAAAGAACAUCAUGGCGUUGUCGGAGGAAGCGCAUUUCGCCUUUGCCAAGCAGGUGGCCCUCGACUGGCGGGAACUGGUCCGUGAGAAGAAAUUGCUUAUUUUGCAGAGUCCAACGGCGAGCAUAGCAAAUGUGGAUUCGUUUAUCUCCGUUGGGCGUGCACGAACACGGACCAGUUCCAUGUUCACAGGAGAGAAGAGGGACUCGUCCUUCUACCGCGCCUCAUUUUUUAAGCCCCCAAAGGAACUGGACAUCGAACGGAGGACGGGUAGCAUGGAUGCUGAUCGCAUUAGGGUUAACGAAGAACUCAACCUAUAUAUUUACCCACCCGUUCCGGUGACAGAAGAGGCGCGAAUUUCCCUGCUCCUGGAUCCGAUCACCCCAAUCUCCCCCUUGUCACCUAUAUCUCCUGUCAUUAUCAGCGACCUUAGUUUAUUGUCGAACCCAAAAGCUGACACUGUCAAGUCUCCCACGGGGGAGAUGGUCUAAUAUCCUGGAGAACAGUCAACGAAACCUAUAAAGUCCUUAGUGUAUCCUUAUGAAAAAAGGCGCAAGACGAUCACACCAUUUGAGCAAUAAAAACACUCGAAAAAAAUGA